AAACAAACAACGACAACACGCAGUUUGAAUUUGGCGGCAGACGGCAAACGAAAUGAGCAGCGCGUACAAGAAGAUUGCCGUGCUUGGCGAAGGCCAGUUUGGCACGGUGUUCCUGGCCGAACACACCGACACCAAGGAACGCUUCGCAGUCAAGAAGAUCAAAGUUGGGUCGAAGCAGGAUGCGGAGGAAGGCUUGCAUCGCACAGCGUUCAGGGAGAUCAAGUUCUUACAGGAGCUUCGCCACGCCAACAUCAUUCAAUUGCGGGACAUCUUCGCGAAAGGCUUCAACAUUCACCUCGUUCUUGAACUGUGCAAAUGCGACAUGAGGGCCAUCAUCUUGGAGAACAUUCAACUGACCCCGAGCGAUAUCAAGUCCCUAAUGCUGCAGUGCCUGCAAGGACUCGAAUAUCUGCACUCACACUGGAUCAUCCACCGCGACCUCAAACCCGAGAACAUCUUCAUCACGCGCAAAGGCAUAGUCAAACUCGCCGACUUUGGCCUCGCCUCCACGUUCGGCAGCCCCUCGCGCGCAUACACCGCCCAGGUCGUCACCAUCUACUACCGUGCUCCCGAGCUCCUGUUCAACAGCAAGGCCUACGGCGCGGGCGUGGACGUGUGGGCCAUGGGGUGUGUGCACGGUGAGCUUGAGUUGCGUCGCCCCCUCCUCCCCGGCACAUCCGAGAUUGAUCAGCUCAGCAGGAUCUUUGCUCUUCGCGGUUCCGUCAACGAACACAACUGGCCCGGCGUCACGAAAUUGCCUGGAUUCCUCGAGUUUGACCAGCAAAACCCAACGCCGCUCAGGCACGUGAUGCCUGCCGCGAGCGAUUUGGCGCUGUCGCUGAUGGACGGGCUGCUCACGUGCGAUCCCGCCAAGCGCCUCACCAUCAAGCAGGCGUUGAAGCAUGCGUACUUCAGCAAAGCCCCCGGCCCAACACCGCCACACCUGCUGCCACUGCCGAGUGGCAGCGGUGGUGGUGGCGGUGGCGGUGAUGAUGAUGGUGAUGGGAAGGAGAAGAAGGAGGGGGAUGCUGGGGCCAAGCCUUCAAAGUCAGACGUGUCCGCCAAGCGGCGGCGGGCUGCUGAUGCCCCGGAUGCGUCUGGUGCGAAGUUGAGCCGUGCACUCUUCCAACCCGACGACGACGACGACGGUGAUGGUGAUGGCAAGGCGUGAUGUGGGGUGCAAGUACGGUUGCUGUGUGUGUAUGGUUGAUGGAUGGAUGGGUGUGUGUAUGGUGGGUGAAUGGAUGGAUGCAUGGACGCUUGUAUUGCUGGAUUCCAUGUAUGGACGUGUGGGUGCCUGGUGCGUGGCGGUGUGUAAGCGAACCAAUGAACCAACCGAGUGUGA